AUGGACGAUUACGACGAGUUUGGCAAUUAUAUCGGGCCAUUGUCCGACUCGGAGUCGGAAGAUGAACAGCAGCAGUCAGAGGAGCUACUAAGCGAACGGCCUGUAGGUGCACAUGCAGAUGCAGAUGCAGAUGGUGGCUCGGCAAAUGAUGCGAAUGAUGCAGUGAAUGAUGACGCUGAGGUGCAUAAUGAAAAUGGCGCACUAGUGAUGCAGGUCGAUGAGCCUGCGUCUAAUGCCAUUGUUCUUCAUGAAGACAAGGUGUACUAUCCAAGCGCUGCGGAGGUGUAUGGCGAUGAUGUCGAGACUCUGGUGCAGGAGGAAGAUGCACAGCCACUAACGCAGCCGAUCGUAGAGCCGGAGCGCGUGCGGCGCUUCGUCAUUGAAGAGCAGGGGUUGCCGGAAGUGCGCUAUGAGCGGCGAUUUCUUUUGGACAUGAUGCAGUUUCCCGAUAUGGUGCGCAAUGUGGCUGUUGUGGGCCACUUAUCUCACGGCAAGACGAGUCUUGUGGAUAUGCUGGUGGAAGAGACUCACCGCGUGGAUGUUGAUGCGGAAAAACCACUCCGCUACACAGAUACACAUGUGCUGGAGCAGGACCGGGGACUGUCGAUCCGAGCGACGCCCAUGUCGUUCGUGCUCUCGAAUACGCGAGGCAAGAGCUUCCUCGUCCACAUGAUGGACACACCAGGCCACACAAAUUUUCAGGACGAAGUAACGGCCUCGCUUCGGCUCGCUGAUGGUGUCGUGCUGGUCGUCGAUGCCGUCGAGGGGGUUAUGUGCAAUACGGAGGCGAUCAUCCGCUUCUGCGUACGUGAGCGUAUGCCCAUGGUGCUGGUCAUCAACAAGCUCGAUCGUUUCGUGCUUGAGCUGCGCUUGCCGCCGGCCGAUGCCUACUUCAAGCUUCAGCACACGUUGGAGGAAAUCAACAGCAUUGUGGGUGAUGCAUCCGGCGGCGAUCCGGGUCUGCGACUGAGCCCUGAGCUAGGAAAUGUGGCGUUUGCAUCGACGCAGGCGGGCUACUGCUUUACGCUACGCAGCUUUGCACACUUGUAUGCAGAACGCGUGCCGGUGGAUACGGAGGCGUUUGCACAGCGUCUAUGGGGCCAAAUGUACUAUGACAAGUCGUCACGCAUCUUUACGCGCACGCCACCGUACGCAGAGGCGCCACGCAGCUUUGUGCAGUUUGUUCUCGAGCCACUGUACAAGUUGUACACGCUUGUCAUUAGUGCAGACACAGAGUUGCUGCGCAAGACACUGUCGUCCUUGUGCCUGCAACUGCCAGCCGCCGCAUUCAAGAUGGAUGUUCGUCCGCUGCUGAAGCUGGUCUUGAAUGGCUUCCUAGGGAAGGCGACAGGACUCACCGAUAUGCUCGUGGAGCACCUACCCCAUGCGGCUGAGGGUGCCGUAGCCAAAGUGGCUGCGACCAGUACGGCGCCUACCGAGUCUAAAUGGACAGAGGCGAUGGCACGAUGCGAUGCAGCUGGACCGCUGUUGAUUCAGAUCACAAAAGUGUACCCAACGACAGAUGCGACCGAGUUUCGUGCAUUUGGGCGUGUCCUAAAUGGCACAGUGUCGCAUGGGCAGUCAGUCAAGGUCCUGGGGCCCACGUACACACCGGAUAAUGAAGAGGAUAUGGCUGUGGCGACAGUGAGCGAUGUGUGGGUGGCCGAGGCCCGAUACGUCGUCAGGGCUGACAAGGUGCCAGCGGGGAACUGGGUGCUGCUGGGUGGCAUUGACGCCACCAUCGCCAAAUGCGCGACGGUAUGUGAUGCAGCAUGGCCUGCAGCCGAUACGCAUGUGCUGCGACCUGUUACGCAUAUGACAGAGAGUGUGCUGAAGGUGGCCAUAGAGCCACUGCACCCAGCAGAGCUGCCAAAGAUGCUGGAGGGACUGCGCAAGGUCAACAAGUGUUAUCCACUCGUGUCGACGCGUGUGGAAGAAAGUGGCGAACACACGCUGCUAGGCACAGGUGAGCUCUACUUGGACUGUGUGAUGCACGACUUGCGACAGCUGUACGCGGACAUGGAGAUCAAGAUCAGUGAUCCAGUUGUCAAAUUCUGUGAGACGGUCAUCGAGACCAGUGCGGUGCAGUGCUAUGCAGACACACCGAACAAGCAGAACCGGCUGACAUUGAUUGCCGAGCCGUUGGAAGAAGGGAUCGCCGAAGACUUGGAGCGGGGUUUGAUCGACCUGCACCAACCGCCACGUGCCUUGGCGCGUGUAUUCCAGGACAGGUACGGCUGGGACACGCUCGCUGCACGGUCCGUUUGGGCAUUUGGCCCUGAUGAGCACGGGCCAAAUGUGCUGAUUGACGAUACGCUGCCUGAGGAUGUCGACAAGCCGCUCUUGUACACGGUGCGUGAGCACAUAAAGCAGGGCUUCCAAUGGGCCACGCGCGAAGGACCGCUGUGUGACGAGCCGAUGCGCGGUGUGAAGAUUCGCAUAACGAAGGCCUCCAUUGCUCAAGAGCCCAUCCACCGCGGUGGUGGACAGGUGAUUCCAACGGCGCGGCGCGCGACGUACGCAGCAUUCCUGCUCGCGACGCCAAGGCUGAUGGAGCCGAUCUACUAUGCAGAGAUCCAGGCACCAGCCGAAUGUGUCAGUACAAUCUACACGCUGCUGGCGCGACGGCGUGGACACGUUACGCACGAUGCGCCGAAAGCCGGCACGCCGUUGAGCACGAUCAAGGCGCUCCUACCUGUGAUGGAUUCGAACGGUUUCGAGACGGACCUACGUGUGAUGACGCAGGGCCAGGCAUUCUGCCUUCAAAUGUUCCACCACUGGGCUGUUGUGCCGGGUGAUCCGAACGAUACGUCCAUCCCGCUACGACCGCUGGAGCCAGCGCCACCAUUGGGCCUUGCACGCGACUUUGUGCUGAAGAUGCGCCGACGCAAGGGUCUCGGCGAUACGAUCGCUGUGUCGUCGUACCUUGAGCAUGACAUGGCUGUGGCGCUGGCGCAAGCCGGCAUGGAUGUCACGGCGUAA